GCUUGUGCACCGGGUGAGCUUAUUGCCCCAGCAUGGAGAGCCAGAGGGUCCAGUCCUCGUACAGGAAACGUUUCGGGCCUCAGGGCGGCUCGGGCGCCAGAGUCGGCAGCCUGUCUUCCAACCGCCUCUCCUGGCAUGGCACCCCGCGGUCCAUCAGCCUCUCCAGCCCCGUUUCCAGGUUCUCCCUGGGCUCUGCCAGCACGGCCCUGCUGCUGGGGAGCCCCGGCGACCGGCUGGACUUCCCCGCCGACUCCCUCAUGAAGGCCCACUACAAAGAAAUACGCACCAACGAGAAGAUGGAGAUGAUGGGCCUGAACGACCGCUUCGCCAGCUACAUAGAGAAGGUGCGCUUGCUGGAGCAGCAGAACAAGAUGCUGGUGGCGGAGCUGAACCAGCUGAAGGUGAAGGAGCCCAGCCGCCUGGGAGACAUCUACCAGGAUGAGCUCAGGGAGCUUCGGCGGCAGGUGGACGGGCUCACCAACGGGAAGGCCCGGCUGGAGGUCGAGAGGGACAACCUGGCUGCCGAUCUGGCCACGCUGAAGCAAAGACUUCAGGAUGAGAUGACUCUGCGUCAGGAAGCAGAAAACAGUUUGAACACUUUCAGGCAGGAUGUGGACGAAGCGGCUCUCAGUCGAGUCCAGCUGGAGAGGAAGAUCGAAGCUCUGCAGGACGAGAUCAACUUCCUGAGGAAGAUUCACGACGAGGAGCUGCGGGAGCUGCAGGACCAGCUCGUGGCCCAGCAGGUCCAUGUCGACCUGGACGUGUCCAAACCGGAUCUGACUGCGGCUCUGAGGGACAUCAGAGUUCAGUAUGAGAACAUGGCCACGUCCAACAUGCACGAAACCGAAGAGUGGUACCGAUCCAAGUUUGCUGACCUGACAGACGCAGCCAAUCGCAACGCAGAGGCCCUGCGCCAAGCCAAGCAGGACGCCAACGAAUACCGGCGUCAGGUCCAGGCUGUGACCUGCGACCUGGACGCUCUCAGAGGCACCAACGAGUCUCUGGAGCGGCAGCUGCGGGAGCUGGAGGACCGCUGCGCCAUGGAGGCCGCCGGGUACCAGGACUCGGUGAGCCGCCUGGAGGAGGAGAUCCAGGCCCUGAAGGAGGAGAUGGCUCGGCAUCUGCAGGAGUACCAGGACCUCCUCAACGUCAAACUGGCUCUGGACAUCGAGAUCGCCACCUACAGGAAACUGCUGGAAGGGGAGGAGAGCAGGAUCACCAUUCCAGUUCAGAGCUUUUCCAACCUGCAGUUCAGAGAAACUAAUUUGGACACUAAAACUCCAGAGGCUCAUGUGAAGCGAAGCAUCCUGGUCCGAACUGUGGAGACCAGAGACGGGGAGAUCAUUAAGGAGUCGACCACUGAACACAAAGACCUUCCUUGAAUUGCAAAGAAUUUCUCCAUUUUGUCCUCGAACACAUUCUGAUCUUUCUGCAAGAAAUAUUCCUUUAUUUUCAGUUUAAACCUCAAAGCUGCCUCCAUUAUGAAGCGCUUUCUAAUCCGUUUAGCACCCUUACAAUUACUUCCAGACUAACAUGUAAAGUUUUAAGUCGAUACAGUCAUGUAACCAACUCUAUUAAGAUGUAAAACUUUAUCGUAGCGGAAAAAUGAGAUUUUGUUUGCAUUGAUUCCAGUAAUCUGUCGUAGAAAAGGCCUUGAAAGGUAGAUGGUGUUGAUGUAAUUUGUGGCGUUGUUGUGGAGGUUGAGGUGUGGCUACGUGGACGUGAAACGUGGUGGGAUUGGUUCGUAAACACUGAAACUGGAUUCUGGGUGAGAAACGGGAGAUGAGUUUAUGGCACAGCAGCUUCUGACAGAACGACGACUGAAUCCCAGCGGUUUGCUUUCACAUUCACCUGGUGCUAUUUUUUUUAUUUCCUUCAGGAGUUUCAGUUGUUCAGUUAGACAUGUAACAGAUAAAGUUGAGUUUUUCUCUCUAAUAAUUUGUGGCGCAGGCAAAGUUAUGCAUCUUGGAUCAGAAGAGUUAGAAAUAAUAAAUCAAGCAUCCUUGUACGGAAGACGAUUAGUGCCACUGGAGGAGGAAAGAAAAUCAGAAUCUCUCAGAAUCAGAUUUGUUUAAAUUGUUUAUGCAGCAUCAAGAAAAACUAGUCUUUAAAUUUCUUAAAGACUAUACUUGAGAAAUUAAAUUUCCCAAGUAAUUUUUGUACAGAUUUUCAGUGCAAAUAAAGUGCAGGUUUACAAAAUCUAUAAUAAGGAAGAAAUGGAUAUGAGAUUAUUUUCAUAUGCUAACAUCAUAUUUAACAUAUGAUGUUAGCAUAUGUUAAAUGCUAACAUCAAAUGUUAGCAUAUAACAUAUGUUAUAUGCUAAAUGCAUUUAACAUAUGCAUUUAGCAUAUGUUAAAUGCUAACAUAUGAAAAAUGUUUAGUUUUUUAUUUGGAUUUUGACAUAAUUAAAAUAGUAAGAAAAACUAUUCUUAGGCUAAAGUCAGAAUUCUGAGAAGAAAAUUUCUGGGGAAAGCUCAGAAUUAUGAUAUUAGUAUCAGAAUUCUGAAUUUAAAAAGUGGAAAUCCUCAAAUUAAAGUAAACUUUUUGAGGAACAAAAGUAAGAACAAGUCCAAAUUCUGAGAAAAGGUUAGAAUUGGGAGAAAAAAAAUCUCAGAAUUUUGAUUUUAAAAAGUCGGAAUUUUGAGAUAAAAAGUUGGAAUUCUGAAAUUAAAGUCAGAAAUGAACAAAAAUGUGAGAAAUCUGAGAUUAACAUCAGAGUUCUGAGACAAGUAAGGAUCUUGAGAGAGAAAAAAAAUUAUUUUGAAAGUCAAAAUUCAAAAAGAAGUCUGAAUUCUGAGUUGACAAAAAUCUGAGAAACUCCAUAUUCUGAGUGAAAAGUCUGAAUUGUGAGUUUAAAGAGUCAGAAUUUUGAAUCUCUAUUUUUGGAGGCUGUGAUCCAUUUUCUGAUUUUAAAACUGCAGUUUCAAUGAGGAUGAAGUGUUUGGACCAGGCUCUCGUCUUGCAGACGAGUUGAAGACAGGCAGGUAUCUGUUAAAGGCGUGGAAGCUAACGCGACCUUUGCCCUUCACACCGGGGUUCCUGCUCAGCCAGUUUUUGUAGCGUCGGGCCAGAGAGCGGAUGAUGAGUGGAGCGGCAGAGCUCGCUCUCUGGGAUGUUGGCCAUUUUAGGAUGUUGCCGUUAGGAAGAUGGAGACGCGUCAGUCCUGGACUGAAACACGCUGACAGGCGCUGCCGAGACCCGAGCGCCACCUCUGACCCUCACCAAGGUCACCGUGUGAUUCAUGCCUCCUACUUCGUCUCCUUUCCUUUCUAACACACUGAUGUAUUUUCUGCUCUUGUUUUUUUUAAUGUUUCUAUUAUUUUUUUGCUUAGGAAAUGUUUGCAGAUUUAACUCAAUGCUAAAAAUAAAAUACUUUGUUGUGUUUGUGUUUAAAUGCGUCA